AUGAACCUGGCUGAACAUAUUGCUUAUGACACAAUCAUGGCGACUCUAUCAAUAUCUCUUAUAAUUCUUGGCAUCAUCCUCUUCUUCGCUUGCAAGAAGAAACCAGUUGAAUCAGAAGAAACACUUCCGGUGAAACACAGUGCUCGUGCAUACCCUUUAACAGAAAUUGAUGCUGCCACAAAUGGCUUCAACCAUAGGAGAAUCAUUGGAAAAGGUAGUUUAGGAACCGUUUAUGCAGGGAAACUAGAAUCAGAAGAACUCGUAGCUGUGAAACGCAUUCAUCCCGUGCUUGUAUUAAGCAACGCAGGGUUCGGUUUCUCAUCGGUGAUCAAAUGGCUCUCUUUAGCUCAUCACCCUAACGUUGUCCCCAUAAUAGGAUUCUCAGAAGCACCAGGAGAGAGAAUUAUAGUGAUGGAGUUUGUUCGAACUGCGAAUUUGGAAUUUUACUUGCAUGAGAAUCAUGAUGGAGUUUCUUCUUCACUUUUGGAUUGGAACAAGAGGUUUAAGAUUGCAGCUGGAGUAGCUAAAGGGCUACAAUAUCUUCAUGAAGUGGUAGCACCAAAUAUUAUACAUGGUUGUGUUAAGUCUUCUAAUGUUCUUAUUGAUGUUAAUUUUUGUGCUAGGGUUUCUGAUUAUGGACUCAAUUUUUUAGGGUUAGUUGAAAAAAGAGGGUUAAUGGGUUAUGUGGAUGAUGAAUAUUGGAAUGAAGGAAUUAGGGGUGGAGGGGUUUGUAAGGAAAGUGAUGUUUAUGGGUUAGGGGUGAUUUUGUUGGAGCUUUUGAGUGGGAGAGGGUGUGAGGGUGGAUUAUUGGUGAAAUGGGCAUUGCCUUUGAUUAAGGAUAUGAGAUAUAGUGAAGUUUUGGAUCCUAGGUUGAUGAUUCCUAGUGAUAUGAAAGCUAUUGUUAGAUUGGCAAAAGUUGCUUUAGCUUGUGUUGGGAAUUCAAGGAAAUGUAGGCCUUGUGUGGAUCAUGUGGCAACCAUUUUGAAUGAUUUAGAGAUGGAAGUUUGUUACUUAUCAAAUUAG